AUGAUGGUGAUGCAAUUCGAUGUUAGCCGAUACGGUCAGCGCCAGAGACUCGCCAUUGCGCGAUCAAUUAUCAAGAAGCCAGCCAUACUCAUCCUCGACGAGGCAACGAGUGCGAUAGAUGUCCGUGGCGAAAAGAUUGUGCAGGCAGCUCUCGAACGGGCGGCCCGAGGUCGAACAACCAUUGUGAUUGCGCACCGACUCUCCACCAUCCGAAACGCAGAUCGGAUUAUUGCACUUGGAAACGGGAAGGUGAUUGAAUCCGGCACCCACGACAGCCUUGUUCAUCUCGACGGUGGAGCCUACGCGGGGCUUGUCAAGUCUCAAGCUUUGUCUCUUGAUGGUAAAGAAGAAGAGAACGCGGAGAGCUUUGCAAAGGGCAUAUCAUCAACACUCGAAUACGAAAAGAGUCUUGUCAUACCCCAGUCUACUGAACGCCCAUGUGGGGACUCGAGGAAUGAUAAGCGGUUACAGCGCGGCCUAUUCAACAGCUUUGGCGUGUUCUUUCUGGAGUCUCGUGAAUUUUGGAACAUUAUAAUUUCCUCAAUAGUCCUCUCUGCAGGAGCGGCUUCCGCACGUCCCCUACAUGCGUGGCUUUUUGCCAAAUCCAUCGACGUCUUCAAGUAUCAGGAUGACUACGCGAGACUUAUGAAGGAUAUGAGCUUCUUGUGUGGCAUGUGGGCAGUUUUCGCUGCCUCUGCUGGUAUCGUGUACCUUCUGACUUUCAUAUCUUCAGCUCGUGUGGCAUCAUUUAUCCGAUCAAAGUAUCAAAAACAAUACUUUGAAAGUCUUAUCCAUCAGCCUGCACCAUACUUCUCUGAAGAAGGACACUCGGCCGGAACUCUCGCCUCUCGAGCCAAAGAUGACCCAACGAAACUCGAGGAACUAAUGGGCACGAACAUGGCCAUGGUGCUCGUGUCACUAUUCAACAUCAUUGCCAGCGUCAUCAUGGCCCUUACAUAUUCAUGGAAACUAGCAUUGGUUUCAAUCUGUGUCAUUGCGCCCGUCUGCCUGAUCUCCGGCUACUUCCGCUUUCGCUAUGAGCUCCAAUUUGAGAAACUCAACGACGAGGUGUUUGCAGAGAGUUCGCAAUUCGCAUCUGAAGCAAUCAGCGGGAUCCGAACUGUUUCGUCGCUCACACUGGAAGAAUCUAUUACCGCUAGGUUCGAGAGACUCUGCUCUGGCCAUGUCAUGUCGGCAUACAAGAAAGCGUGUUGGGUAAGCCCAGUGCUUGGGUUUUGCGAUAGUGCAACUCUGGGCUGUCAAGCUCUUGUCUUUUAUUAUGGAGGCAGUCUGUUUGAUCGCGGAGAGAUUGGCCUAGUCGCCUUUUUCGUCUGUCUCAUGGCAAUCAUGAGUGCAGCUGAAGGUUUUGGCCAGAGCUUGAGCUUGGGUCCGAAUGCUGCGCAAGUCACUGCAGCUUCAAAUCGCAUCCUCGAUGCAAGGAAUUCUCGUAUUGUGGAAUCUCAUGAUGGAAGGUCCUUGGAUCAGACGGCAGGAGGGAUGAAGAUUGAAUUUUGCCAUGUUCGCUUCCGGUAUCCCAAUAGCGAGAUGCCCCUUUUCAGUGGGCUGAACCUUACUAUUGAGAAAGGCCAAUUCGCCGCCAUUGUUGGGGCCUCCGGGUGCGGCAAGACAACACUCAUAUCCUUGCUGGAGAGAUUCUAUCAGCCUGAAGAUGGAAAGAUCUUGUGCGAUGGACAAAACAUUGCAGACCUUGACGUCUUUCGUUAUCGCAAGCAACUCUCACUAGUUGCCCAGGAGUCCAUGCUUUUGCAAGGCAAGUCAUCAAUCAUGUUGUUCCAAUUGGGGAUUACCACUAAAUUAAGUAUCCUAGGCACUAUUAGGGAGAACAUUCUCCUUGGGGUUGAAGAUCCCGCCACUGUCUCAACUGAUCGAUUGCACAAUGUUUGCCGCGAUGCCUUGAUCCACGACUUCAUCACAUCUCUCCCUCAUGGCUACGACACCAUCAUUGACGGUAUCUCAUUAUCCGGUGGCCAAAAACAGCGAAUAGCGAUAGCCCGAGCGUUGGUACGCGAACCCCAACUCCUUCUCCUAGAUGAAGCGACCAGUUCACUUGACUCGGAGAGCGAAAGGCUUGUCCAGCAAGCUUUUGAGCGCGCUAGCUACGGUAGAACAAUCGUCUUGGUCGCACAUCGGCUUGUUACCGCACAGAAAGCGGACGUUAUUUUCGUGCUAGGUGAAGGAGGCCACCUUUUAGAGAAAGGAAGCCAUAUUGAACUCAUCAAGCAAAAGGGGGUAUAUUUCCAGAUGUGUCAAAGUCAAGCUCUUGAUUGA